AUGUCGUCCUUCAGACUAAAUACUGUCAUUCUGCCCCUCUGCCGUCACGCGGGGCACAGCGGGCCUCCUCGCAAUCCUCGGAGUUAUCUAUAUGAAGUUUACGAUGGCGAUAGUGUAGCCGGUGUGCGCUGGUGGAUGGGGGAGAGGGUGCAUGGGAGGAUCAUCGGCUACUCUCACUGGACGAGACGUGACCGCCGCGGUGGGCAGGAAGGUGGUUUAGCUGUGUGUCAUCGUGAGGGCCUCCACAUCGACGCCCUGACAGUCAACACACCUGAAGUGAUGGAGUUGAUGUUUUUCCGCACCAUACUUGCUGACAGGGGCGCCCUGCUGCUGUGCGUCAUGUACCGACCUCAGUGGCAGGGAAGCGAGCCGCUAAACUACCUCACUGACAACCUGGACAACAUCAUGGCGGCUCACAACUGUCAGAAUGUCGUGAUCGUGGGUGACCUCAACCACAAUAUUGUGCUGAGGGCAUUUACUGAGCUGACAGUAGUGCAGGGACUUCACAACCAUGUUGACUUCCCCACACACCAGCGUGGAGGAUCCCUGGACCCUGUGCUGACGGACCUGGCAGGUGACAGCGUACAGAGCCGCCCACUGGACUUCGUGGGUACCUCUGACCACCUCGCCGUCCUCUCCACCAUUAACCUCGCCCCAGCACGCGAGGAGGACCACCACAGGACCAUCUGGCUGUGGGACCGCGCCGACUGGGGAGCAGUGAGACGAGCCCUGAGGGAGACUUCCUGGGACGCAGUGCUCACUGGCGAGCCUCACCAUGACGUCACCACUCUCACCACCAUCCUCCAGGACUUACAGCAGCAACACGUGCCACACAGGACCUACCGAACGACCCCAAAGGACCAGCCCUGGUUUGGGUAUCGUUGUCGCGUUGCUGCGGAACGAAAGUACUGCGCGUGGCAGCAAUAUAAGAGGCGGCCCACCCAGCGGAACAAGGCGAUACACCGAGCUGCGUGCCAAGAUAUGACGCAAGUCGCGAAAUGGGCCAAGGCAAGAUGGGAAGAAAAUAACAGGAGAAUGUUGUCUUCCAACCAGCUGGAUCCAAAGCGGUGGUGGAGUCUGGUGAAGGAGAAGCAGGGCGUCACCUCCCACGAACGUGUCCCGGCCCUCACUAAGCCUUGUGGGAACCUGGCUGUCACCAACCAGGAGAAAGCUGACUUGCUUGCACAAGUGUUCAGCGAUAAAAUGAAGACGCCAGAACCAGACAGGCAGCCACCACCUCUCCCACGCCUUGUUCCUUCAAGCAUUGAAAGCGUGGUAAUCACGGAGGCUGCUGUUAGGAGGCACCUGAAGGGUGUCAACGUCAGGAAGGCUGCAGGUCCUGAUAGUAUAAGUCCUCACCUCCUCAAACAAUGUGCUGAUGAGCUCACCACGCCCCUCGUGUGUAUCUUCCGCCAGUGCCUUGUGUCCAGGACGUGGCCGUCUCAGUGGAAAGAGGCGAGAGUUACACCCGUUCAUAAGAAGAAGGAGAAGUCGAAGCCGAAUAACUACCGCCCCAUCUCCCUGCUCUCGGUGGUCAGCAAGAUCUUCGAGAGGAUCAUUGGAGAGCAGGUGACGAGGUUCCUGGACGAGCACCACCUUCACUCACCCAGGCAGUUCGGCUUCAGGAAAGGACGCUCCACCUCAGAUCUACUCCUUCUUCUCUCCAAAUCCUGGCACGACGCCCUGGAUGCUGGCCCCUCGCUGGUGAUUGCCCUGGACAUCGCCGGCGCCUUUGACACUGUGUGGCAUCGGGGAUUAGUGGCCAAGCUGGAGCAGCUGGGCAUCACCGGGGACCUGCUGCACCUGCUCUCCAACUACCUGACGGGCAGGAGUCUCCGCGUUGUUGUGAACGGCCACACCUCAGCCAGCUUUCCUGUAGAGGCCUCUGUUCCACAAGGGUCAGUCCUGGGGCCCAUAUUGUGGAACAUUUACUUCAAUGACCUCCUACAUAUUGUCCCCUCAGCCAGUGCGUACGCAGACGACUGCACCAUCUCCUUGACUUACGAGAGGGGGGAGGAGCAGGCAGCAGUACAGACUGCCAACGCACUACUCUCCGACAUCAUGGCCUGGGGCGACCGGUGGCAAGUCAAGUUUGCCCCCGAAAAGACUCAGGCCAUGGUGAUAUCCCGCUCUCAUGAGGACGCGCGUCGGUUGCGUGGAAGGCUGAGGAUGGGCGACAACAGCAUCCUCUACAGGACACGACAACAACAACAGCAGCAGCAACAGCAGAGACAGGAGGACAGGCAGGUGCUGAGGGACACACUGGAUCACCGCCGGAAAGUGGCGGCGCUGACAGUGCUGCAUAAAGCGCAGAUCCAGAAUGUUCCUCACCUAGCGGACCUGAGAGCUACCUGGAGGAGAUCUGAGCGAAAUACGAGAACGGUUUUGAGCAACGACCUCCUCCUUGAGGCACCAAGGUCUCGCUCCAGCACCCACAAACGGGCCUUCUCUUCCGCCACUGUAGUGUGGUGGAAUGCUUUCACUGCUGUGGUGGACGUGCGACGUCUGUCCACACAGCAGAUGAAGGAGACCACACACAGAUGGUUACACACCCAGCCUCAUUAUAAUGUACAGUACAUGCUAUAA